ACACAGACGACGCUAGUGAAACGGAAUUUAGGAAUAACAGCCGUAGCAGCAACGCUACGAACACAACAAACGGAGGCAGCAAUCACGAACUAAAAGAGCAAGUGUAUCAGCACAAAUUAGCCAUAUUGAACAAACAACGCGAAGAACUGAAACAACUCAUACAUCCCGACUACGUGAAACGUUCCAAAAAGCUCGAAUAUCAGUAUAAAGAACGUCUGCGACUCAAUGAGAUCCACAGAGAAUAUUUAAAGGAGUGUGUGGAGAAAGACUAUCAAACCGAACGACGGGCCGCACAGAAGGAGUAUGAGGAAAAAAAGAUUGACUUAAAGGACAACAUUCUUGCAGACUUAGAAGAAAGGAAAAAGCUAAUCGAAAAUGAGAGAUACAAUCUAGAGCUAACAAAUGACUCAAUGGAAAUAAAACCAACUGUUACACGUAAAUUACGUCGGCGCCCGAAUGAGCCAGUACCAGUCGUCGAAAAGCGACGGAAGCCUACAACUGGUCAAUUACUUGUAUACUUGCUGGACGAUAAAGAAAUCGAAAGUGACAUGAAAACUAUACAGCGAGGCAAGCCAUUAGCUCCAACAGCACAACAAAAUGGUAUUGGUGGAACUCCAUUUAGCAAUCUUCAACACGGAGGAAUGCUCUCCGAGAACACAAAUUCAAACAUCAGUCCUAGCAUUGAGACAAGAAUUGAAGACGGCAAACUACUGUAUCAGCGACGGUGGUUUCACAGAGGUCAACAGGUUUAUGUUGAAGGAAAAGAUUUAGCUAAAUUCGCAGCAACAAUAACUGCCAUCGGCAACGAAGUGGUGUGGGUCAAAAAAACCAAUGACAGCAAGGUUAAAAUUAAUAUGUCGCAUUUAGCUAAGGGAAAAGUUACAAUUAAACGGCGCGCCAACUGAUCCAACGCCAAAUGCGGCACUGGUAGCUGCACUUCUAACAAAUCCGGCGCCGCUUCCCCUAUGGUAACUACAACAACUUAGUUUUAUAGUUGUUUAUAAAUUUAAUAAAUAUGUAAUUUAUUCGCGUGUAAUUAUAGCUUUAGUAUUUUAUGUUUAAAUAUUAAUGUAUGUAUGCAAUAACUAAUUUAUUGUUCCACCAAUAAGAAUUUUAAGAGGAAACAAUCGAAUGUGUAAUACUUAUAAAUGCAAAAUUUUCAACAAACAUUGCACAAUUAAAUUGUUAUGAUACUUUGUAACAUUA